GCGUUUGCAUAUGGCGAACUCGUGAGAGAAUGUGAGAAGUUUAUUAUUAAUGUGUUAUUGUUACCAGAAGAGGAGAAUCGUGAAGUUGGACUGUGUUUCAAUUAGCGACUCUUUUUCCUGAUUAAGUUCUGGUCCGUCAGUGAUGGUAUCGUGUGUCUGUUUCGUCAGAUUGUUAAAUAAUCGCCGUCGGAAUUUCCUUCAGAAAUAAUGCUUAUUUUCUCUUGGCAGAAGUUGUAAAUAGAGGAAGGACAGAACCAGUGUCAUAAUUAUAAACUUCACUAUUUGCAACGUGAUUGUAUUGUGAACGUUUUAAUUAUUAAUUUACAUAAGCGAAUAACGACGUGUUAUUGAAAUAUUUUGUGGAAGUAAUUUGUGUACGUGAUCACUAUUUCAUGUUAGUAGGAAGUGGAGUAAAAAAUGGGGGGCACAAGAUUUAUGGUGCAGUGGGAAGAACAUCCAUCACAUCUGGCUACACGCCUUGGACAUCUUCUCGAGCAUCAGACUCUAGUUGACGUUACGCUAAUGUGUAAUACUCAUACACUGCGCGUUCAUCGCGCAGUCCUUGCUGCCUGUAGUCCUUAUUUUGAGACAAUAUUACAGCGACAGCUGGGUAUGCAUCCAUUGAUUGUACUGAAGGAUAUGCAGUUUUCUGUUCUGAAGUCCCUCAUAGAAUUUAUGUAUUGUGGAGAGACAAGUGUCACUGAAGAUAACCUUGGCCCACUUCUUCAGGCAGCAAAAUUUUUCCAGGUGAAGGGGCUGUCUGCAAUGACCAAGGAGGCACUCGGUUUGUCAUCUACAGGGAACAAAGCUGUUACCGGUGAUGCAGCAAGGAAAGCUUUUGUUGGGAGAUCAAAACGUGUCCCAAUACAACAGAAUUUUGUAACAAAGAGUCUUCCAUCAUCAAGUGCAAGCUCGUCACAAUUGACAGUUGAUGCCAAACAAAUCAUUCAACCUUCAGGCAAUAAGUCAGUUAUUAUGCAACAGCCAGAUAAUCAGCAGCAGACAGACACUGCUCAGCUUCUGUUAUCAUUGUCUGGUAGUGAAUUUACUAAGCAGACUCAGUCCCUUCAAACCGUUAGCAAAACAAUAAGAUUUCAGAAUUCAGUUGGAACAAGUUCAAUAAAAAGUGAACCUGUGAAGACUGAGCCAAAUAUCAAACCAAGGACAAUAAAGUCUGAAGCUGUUGAGCAGCCUACUGCUGUGGUGCCUAUAAGUAAUAGAACAUUAUCAGCACAAGUACCACAUCAGGUCACAGAAACUGUAAGUGUAAAAGAUACAGCUGGAGCCCCAGCUCAAACUACAUUUCUUGCUGAGACCAUACCUGCUAGAAAGCGUGGAAGGCCAGUAAAAAGGCAGAUGAAUAUUGUAUUCCAGGAGAAGGUACUUACAGAUGCAGAUAUGGCUCUUCAUAAGGAAGCAGAAGCAAGUAGGAAAGCCUUGGAAGUUCUUCGUCAAGAAAUGGCUGUAGAUCCACUGGAGAAAGCAUCAGGGGCAAUUUCCCAACAGCCAGAUCCACUUCGCAAAAUAACUUCACAUACUGGAACAGCAACAACAAUGAAAAUGCAAAUGCCUGUAACUCCUGUUGGUGUUACAUCAUCUCGUGCACCUUCCCGCAUUCAGACAUCAUCUGUAAAAAAACCUGUUUCACACACAACUUACAUAACGAAAUCAAUACAGAAACCAGCAGCAGAUCCUCCUAGAAAGGUUCUGGUUCAGGAAGAACAACCAAAUGAUGCACCAAAAAGGGUAGUUAAUUCACCAGAACAACCACCAGUUCAAGUUGUUGCACCUAAUACUGUUUCACCUGCUACAGAACAAGUUCCUAGCGACUGUUCAAAUGCCAAUACUAAUGUUAUCUAUCAAGUUGCUAAUACUGUAGUGUCAAACCAAGAAAUGUUCCAGAUUGUUGAUAACACCAACUCUCAAGAUAAAUCACAAAAUAUUGUGUAUCAAGUGGCUGAUGGAGUGACGGGAUCUGAAGCUGACAAUGAUAAUACAGGUUCAAAUAUUAUAUACCAAAUGGCAGAUUCCGGUAAUACCACUUCUGUUAUGGGUCAGUAUAUGGAAGUCUUGAAGGAAGCUGGAAUUCCAACUGAUGUCCCAAUUCUGUUAGAUAGUGGAGAUGGAUCUUAUGUUACAGUAAAUGAAGAAAUGUUAAUGAAUAUUGUUAAUGGAGGUGUUUUUCAGUGCCAUGUUGCAGAAGGUAACAUAGUGACAGGAGACAGAUUAGAAUUUAUUGUCCAGGAGGUGGAUGGUGAAGGGCAGCAAACGGCUGAGCAACCAGUACAAAAUACUGCAGAACAGACAGCAACAGAGACAGCAGAAACAUCAUCAUUAGGAGUUGUGUCUCAAGUAUCUGAAGCAACACACGCAUCUGUUGGCCGUGACAUGCCUACAAUUGAAGAAGAUCAGUCUGAAAAUAUUUUGAUAGAAAAUUUAUCUUCAGAUAGCAAUGUAGGUGGAAUUGAGACAUUUGAUAGUAAAACAACAGUGCAAGAAGAUACUGCAUCUGCAGCUAAUCAUGAAGUUGCUGAGCAGAAAACUGUAACAGUAGACGGUGUUGCUCUUACUGAAAAUUCUGUACAGCCUAAUAGCAAUAGUGCACUAGAUGAAGCAGGUGGUUCAGAGACAGUUUCUUUUGAAAAUGAAGUUGUGGAUGCAACACAAACUUGUGGAUCCACAGAAAAUGAAACGGUUUUUAAAAGCAGUCAGUCUAUUAUUCAGACAGAAAACUUGUCAUUUGAGACUGGAGAAGUACUACAUGCAGAAAAUUCAGGCCCUGAAUCCCUAGAUUUUAAUGUGCAACAAGACUCCACUGAAAUAAAAUCUGAAUCUUCGUCAGCCCAAAAUUAUGAAGCCGGACAAUUAGUGGAACCUCUGUUAAAAAAUGUAGCAAUUUUUUCAGAAGAGAAAACUGUCAAGACACAGAAUGAUGAGACCACAGAUGAUAGUGAAGUCACAACAACUGAAAGUGAUUGUGUGCAAGAGAAUGAAGUUACUUUUACUUACACAGAUGCAGCUGGUUUGCCUUCACUAGAUGACUACCCUGAAAGCCAGGAAUCUACUGUAGUUAGCUUCGAAGAAAAGGAAAUUACAAAUAAAAAUGAAAAUUCAAAUCAAAGUGUUAUUCCUAUGCAUUCAAAUGUCAGUGUUAGUGAUACCUUAGUGAGUUCAGUACAGGUUGAAAAUAUUGUUUAUAGAGAAGUUAGUGAUGAAGUUAUAACUGGUGAUCCUUAUGGAGAAGAUCCAUCAGAUGGUUGUUUAGUACAAACUGCUACUAAUAUUAAAACUGAUGAAACACCAGAAGAAUUUCAGAACCAUAAUGACAUCAAGGACUGCCAAAGAUUUCAAAAUGUUACUGACAUGGAAGCAAGUGAACAGGUAACUGGUCAAGAUCAACUUCACUCAUCAGAAAAUAGUGGAAUGUCUGUUGAACAAGCACUAGAAGCCAUGAUGGGUGAUGAAAAUUCUGAUAUACAACAGGACACAGGUGAUAACAGUGAAGUUGCUCAUAGGACUUCAGAAACAACAGAUGCAAGUGGUGAUACUGAAGCGUGUAAUGAAAAGUCAAAUAGAGAAGAACUGUGUUUAAUGCUCAGUAGAGAUGAAGAUGCACCAAAACUGGAUGAUCAGAAAUGUGCAGCAGAAACAGGAAAAGUGACGGGUUCUUUUACUCUUGUUGUAAACUCAGAACAACAGAAAGAUGAUCCAGACAAUACUGCUGAUACAUUUAUAUCAGCCCCAUCUACAGAAGUAACUGAAAAUGAGGAUCUUAACUGUACACUUAGUGAAAGUGAGAAUGUUAACCAAGAAGAGAGUGAUCUAACUGUUGAGGACACAGUGGCAAACACUAGUCAUUGUGUUGGUCAGGAAAGAAGUGUUAUUGUACAGAAUGAUAACCAAAAUAAUAUGAAAGAUGAUGAAACUGAGAUUGUAAGUACCGUGGAGAGUAUUUGUGAUAAUGGUAAAGAGGUGGUAGUGCAUGAUGUAUAUGCCCAAGAAGCAGUUGAGACAAGUGAAGUUCAAAAGAUCACUGUUUCAGAUAUCACCGAAUUACCUGAAAAUUAUAUAUUACUUACAGAUGCCAAGACUGAGGGUCAAGUCAUAUCACCCAAUAAAGACAUUCCCUACGCUGUAGGACUUCUACCUUUAAAGACUGCUUUGGAAAAGUUCCAGUCAAUGCCAGACCACCAGCCCCGAAAAACACGAUCUUCAUCGACAAGCAAGGAAGGCUCAGCUGAUCCUCCUGCAGCUCGAGUAAAAAGGAAAGCUUCGUCAACUGAAGGUGGCCCUGACAGAAAAAUAAGGGCAGUGAGUACUAGUGCUGAAGAAACGUAUGAAGAAGUGAUAAGUUCAAGUGGACUACAAGUGCAAGAUAACCCAAGUAGUUGGCCCUCGGUGGAUUUAAAUGUUGAGGAACAUAGAGAAGGUCUUCAUGCAAUGUCAGAAAUGGUCACUGAACCUACAGAGGUAUGAUCAUAGAUAAUUUCAGUGGCUUAGUCAGGUAAAACUUCAUUUGUUUGUUGGUUUAAUUAUUCUCUGUUAAGUUCAUUAAUUUUUACUUUGGAGGUAUAUAUCAGACGCACAUUAUCCGUAAAAGCUGCUGAAAAGGCGUUGGGCAUUCGAAAUACUGUUAGUCAUUUAAACAUUUCACAGAGUGUGUGUGUGUGUGUGUGUGUGUGUGUGUGUGUGUGUGUGUGUGUGUGUGUGCAUGCAUUGUGUGCUUGCACGCUCACAGUUUUUGUAACAAUGCUGUCAUUGUGAAUUCAAAUCCCAACUAUAAUUCAUACAUUUCAAUUAUUUUUGUAUAAUGAACUGCCGCAGUUUUGUGGGUAUGAUAUGUAAAUAAACUUUUAUUACCUAUGUUAUGAUAAACAUAGGAAAAUGCCUCUCUGUUCAUAAGACAUGUAAGUAGAAUGUCAUUAGAAUGUAAGCUAGAAGUUUGACAGGGGAGUAUGUAAGUUGCAAAAUAUGUUCAUAAAUUUUUUUCAAUGCCUCUAGUAGUUGUCUGAAAUAGCUGUGCUGAGAUAGCUACUAAUUAUAAGAUUGUAUAGUGUAAAAAUUGCAUUUAAAGUGCAGUACGAUGGUUUUUAAAGGUAGCAUGUAUGAUGUUUUAUACAAAGACUUUCAUAAAUAGUAUAAGUCCCCUAAUGAAGUAAAUGUAUUUGUUGAAUUCAGAGAAAUUCAUUGUAUAUUUUCAAAGAAGACUGUACCAUAACAUUUUGUCAUAAUAAUAGUAAGUGUAGGGCUAUACAGUACAAGUGUUUUCUCUCCUUUGGAGUCAUAAAUGGUGUAGAUCUGCUACAAGUUCUGCAUGAGGUAAAGGGUGCCUAAUUUUGUUUUAUUAUACUUCCCAGUGGCACAAAUACAAGUUUAUGUAAAUUGUGAGAUAAUAUUGUCAUGGGAAUAUUACUCAGUGUGAUUAUUUGUCACUGUGAAAAGUGUGUGUCUCCCUCCUGCUAAUGAUUUUCUGUUUAUUAUACAUGAAAUUAAAUUUCUUAAUUUCACAUUUGGAAGUAGUACUAUUCAGGAAGUAGCUUUAUUUUAACACUAUAUUUUCAUAAUGUAAUGAGCUGAAGACAGGACCUGGUGUGAUUUUGUUGCUUUGUGUGUUGCUGAGUGAAGUACUUUGAUGCGUGUAGUAGAUAUUGCAUAUCUUGAUCUUGAGAAAAGGAAAUUCUGUGAAAUGCAGUAACCUCAGUGAAAUCUGUUUCCUAUGCCUCACUAGAAGAGGCAUUUACUGUCAGGACACAGAUGUAUUUUUAUUUACAAAUAAGUCCUAUGUCUGUAUAUAUAAAACUAAAUUCAAUAUAAUGACUUUAUAUGUAUUCAGUUGAUAAGCACCAUAAGAUUGAUCUGUGUGUACAGGUGUUUUGUUUUAUUUUAUUUGUUUACUAUGCUUGUUCAGAUUAAUUAUUUGAGCAGGGGAUGUGUUUUUUUUAUUCUGGUAGCUUCUGCAGUAUAUCAAAAACUGCCUAUUUGAUUUUAAAUUAAUACAGAAGGUGAAUAAAAACUUUAGUGCCUAUUAUGCAAAGGAAGCAUCCAGUUCCCAGGUGACAAACCAUGCUUAUCAACAAUUCUCAUCAUUACCUAAUUAGAUUUUCAUCAUGUUGUUGAGCUCAAAAGACAGGUGCCAGUCAUUUUGUCUUGAAAACUUACGUCUCUUCCAGAUCUCAUAAAAAACUUAAUGUCUUCUUCUAUAUCUGUUGGAUGAUUAAUUCCGUAAUAGGAAAUUUAGUUAGAAAGCUGUCUGUAAUCCAAUUGUUAUUCUUCAUUUUUGCACAGAAUAAAAUUUUUGUGUAAACCUUAAACUAGCAGUCCAUAAAGAUGGGGACCAUUGUAAUCAUUUCAUUCUGUUAGUGUGUUUGAGUGUAUGGCUUUAUUCCUCCUCAGUGCUCUUGUGCUUGUACUUGUGUUACAACAGUUUCAUUGAUACAUAUAAAACCAUGAUAUUUUUGUAUGAAAAAUUAGCUUAUUUCUUACCAUAAAACUUUUUUCCCUUUUUGUAGUGUUAAUAGAAAAUAUAUAUAUAUACUUUACUAAGGUGCUUAUGUUCCAUCAACAAGUCAGCCAAAUAGCAUAUUGUCAUCAUGCAUCAAUUAAAGAUGCACACAGAUUCAUUUUGUGGAAUUCGUGGGUUUGAAUGAGUGCAUUUGAUUGAAUCCUAGUUUUGUGUUGUAUUUUACAGUUUUGUUGUUGUAUUAGAAGUCCAUCAGUUUUAUAUAAAUUUUAAUGUUACAUGGCUCAGAAUUGCAGCAUAGCUUUGCACUAUUUUCAAGGGAGUGUUCAGAGUAGUAUUUUUUCCCUCAAACGUUUCACUUGAAAAAUAUUAUUUUUAAAUGUUAAUUAAUAUGGUUAUUUAACUUAACAGUAAUGCCCAUACAUGUUCCCUGCACAGUGUGUAGUUUAGAUCUCAUAACAUGUCAUCCAUAUGUAAUUAUUAAGAUGAAUUCUGUAUUUGUGUAUAAAAGUUAUUUGACUUUAUAAAUUGGUGUAAUUAGUUUUGAGUAUUCAAUCCAUAGUUGUUUGUUGUGUUUAUGGCAAAUUAUAUCUAACUUCUUGUUAUGUUUUGCAUUGUUUACAAGUCUUAUGGAAGUACAGUGAACAUUUCGUUGUUACACUGUUGUUCCAUUUUUCAGCCUAGUCAGUCAGAGGUGUAUUAAAAUUAAUAACAGUGCACAUGGAACCAUGAUACUUCUGUUAGAGCAUAUUAAAUAAAUACUUU